GAAAACCGAUUCUUUACACCUGAAACCUUCAGAGAGUAACGCGGACAGUUCCGAAAGUAGAUUAAAAUGGAUUUUUAUUCUUUUAUUUUAAUUUUAUUAUUAAUUCUUCCCUCUUCGUUGUGUUUAGAAAAAGAAAAAGAAGAGACAGUAAAAAAUAAAACAAGUGUAAAAGAUGUGGAUAAACAUGAAACAAUAAAUUCAACAAUUUCCCUUAUAAAUAUUUGUGAUAAGUGUACAUGUACAGAAAAUAGUGUGAAAUGUUCAACAUGGGAUAUAAAAACAACAUUUAAAAGUUAUAAAUGGCCAAAUGGAACAUUAGAAAUUGUCUCUUUAGAAAAUACACCUUUAGUCAGUAUAACGCAAUUUCCAUUACUCUCGAUAAGAAAAUUAGUCAUAACUGGAAGUAAAAUAAAAAAAAUUGAUGAUGCGUCUUUUAUAAACUUGAACAAUUUCACCGAAUUGAAUUUGAGUCAUAAUGAAAUAACUUCUAGAAUUUUAUUUCCAGAUGAUUUUCUGGGUAACUAUUCAGAUAUAAGUUAUGAGCCAAUGAAAUAUUUGAGAAUAUUGAAUUUAAGUUAUAACUUAUUUCACACAUUAGAUCAAGGUAUUUUUAAACAUACUAGAGAUUUAACGAUUUUAAGUUUAAGAGGAAAUCCAUUAACUGUAAUUGACACACCAACAAAUAUUGCAUUAUCGACUCUUCCACUUCUUGAAGAACUUGAUUUAAGUUAUUGUCAAUUACAUGAAUUACCUCAUUAUAUUUUUCACAUUUCUCACAAAUAUUUAAAAAAAAUUGAUCUUAGUGGAAAUAAAUUUACAACUCUACCAUUAGCACUAGAAUAUGCUAAAUUUGUUAAACAAUUGACACUUGAUAAUAAUCCAAUUAAAUUUAUUGGACAAAAUUAUAACAAUACUUUUCCUGAAUUGUCAAAUCUUGAGGAAUUAAAUUUACGAAAUAUGUCACUAUUAAAACAAAUUGGUGAAGGUGCUUUUGCAAAAUUGUCAAAUUUAACAAUAUUAAGAAUUCAAAAUUGUUCCCAUCUUAAUUUAUUAGAUGCGAAUGCAUUUUCAUUAAAUAAUUCAAAGGGCAAUACAGGACCUCCACUCAAGAAACUACUGAUAUCAGAUAACGCCCUUCAAUAUUUACCAGAGCAUUUUGUCGCAAGAUGGGACAGACUCGAAGAAUUGGAUUUGAUGAACAACCAAUGGAGCUGCGAUUGCGAUAAUCAAUAUCUGACAACCAACAUAAUUCCACGAUUGGGUUUAAAAUUAAUGGGUGAUAAAGUAAAUGAAUUAAAAUGUGUCUCACCUCCGGAACAUUAUGGCAAAAGUUUAACAUCACUUGAACAUCGAAAAUUACGUUGUCUUGAUUUAUAUAAUGCCAGACCGGAAAAAGAUGCAGCAAUUUUGGUUGGAAUUUUAAUUGGUUUACUUCUUGUGAUACCAGUUGGUGUGACAUUCUUUUUCUUAUGGAAAAGAGGAUAUUUCUUUUGUGGUUCCCAAAGUCCAGGAAGUUUUUCAAGGGCAUUUUAUAAACGAACACCACACGAUGAUAUUUAAUUUGAAAAAAAACCAAAUUUCUGUAAAAAAAAAGAGAAAUCAAUCCAAAGACAAAAUAAUAUAUACUUAAUAGUUAAUAAAAAAAAAAAUAAUUACGGUUUAUUAGAUUUUAGAAAAAUUUUAGCAUACACUGAAAAAAAAAUUCAUUUGAUUUAAAUAUUCGAUAAUACUUGACUAUUAUCAAAUAAAUAAUUAUUAUUUGAGAUUGU